AUGAUUGGCCGCGAGGAGCCUCUGGAGGCUGUUGACUUCCGCACUUCAUUCAAUUCACGUGGAGAGGAAUAUCAGUCCCUGGUCGGCAGCAGCAAUGGUAGUGCCGCAUGCGUCGCAGGAUAUGACUGGAUUGAUUGCGCUAUCGGCACAGAUACCAGUAGCAGUGGAAGGCGUCCCGCGAUGCGGUAUCAUUCGGACCUACGCUCGCUUCGAGACACCCGUCGUAUUUGCCAGGAAUUUCGCCAUACUCAAGGCUGUUGCUCAGACUUGGAUCCCAAACACAUCGACCCGAUACGAGAAGCUUGGAAGCAACCUCACCCCCUCGGAACCCCAGAAAAUCUCGAUGAUUACCUGAUCGACACGGUGUUAAGAGCUUACUAUAAUGCGUUCUAUCACUCGUUUGUCGCGUUUCGCGAAAAGUACGCCGAGAAACAUAGUGGAAAGCCUCCAUAUGCACUUCCUUCCCUACAAUACCGAUGGGAAACGGGUGCAGCCGUGUCCGAGGAACAGCACAAAGAUGCCGUACAGCGGAUGGGCAUCUACAGGGAUUGGUUGCUUACCAGAAUGCUUGCCGGAUCUACUAGCGAGGCUGAACCGCUGGUUGUGCUUCCCAUUGGAAAUCUCGCUCCGAAUUAUAGGGAGGAGUCAUCGCCAUCGCCCCUUGGGCAAUCCGCGCUAGAUCAGCUUUUUCUUCCGCCCAUCUUAGUUGCCCCCGAUAUCGCCAUUCCUAUUGGCGAGGUACCAUAUGAGUCAAAGAUCACCAAGGGAACUGAAUACUUACCAGUUGUAAUUGACAUUACGGGUGCUCCAACAAAAGACCAAGAGCUUCUACAAGCCAUCGAAAAGAUUAUGGACGUAUCAGGGCGUCCCACUACUGUCACGACAGGAUUGAGAGUGUUCCAGUGUCAAGUAUGA